AUGACCCAUUCAUCUAAACCAGUCAAUCCCAACCCUUCAACAAACAUCCAUUCACCUUCUCCUCUUUUAUCUUUAAGACCUUCAUCUGUGGUGGAACCUAGAAGUCAAGAUCAAUCUCCAUCACCUGAUUUGGCACCUGAUUGUGUUGAAUCUUAUGAUCCAACUUAUGGACUUAGAUCAUCACGUUUAAGUGAAGUUUUAGAUUCACUAGAUGAUAAUACUAAAGCUGAAAGUAUCAUGCCAACCUCUCCAUGUGAUGCUUUAUCACCACCACCACCUUACUCUUUACUACAACUAUCAACUUCUCAGAUCAAGAAGCUCAAGUCCACCAAAUAUUGGAAAGAAAUAAUCAUUUUUUACAAGUUUCCAUUUGACCAUCUCAUCAUUUUGGGAGGAGGUGGUGUUGAUAAGAGUGCAUUAACUGUUCAAUUUUCACAUGAUAUGUUUGGUGAAUGA